UUUCACUGGGCGCUCAAGUGCCAAACUCAUCACUACCACUGGAGCUUGCUGCUACGCUGUCGGGUAGUGGGACUGUCUGUCUGACUGACUGGCUGGCUGGCUGAGUGACUACCCGUGAUUUGUGAUUUAGACAUCCUUAUCUUUUGGGGAAACUGGGAAUUCCUCCUAGUUCCUUUCUUCCCUUGUGUCACAGAAGACAGAGAUUUACCGCGCCUUUCUCUCCGGACAUGUCUUUCUCGCAGCUGGGGUACCCCCAGUUUCUAAGUGGCUCCCAGGAGGUUUACGGGGGCGACCGGGCUGGCUCUGGCCGGGAUGGAGGCGCCGAGGGCGGGGUGAAUCAGGCAGCCACCGCCGCUGCUGUCAGCUCGAUGCUGGGGAUGUACGGUAACCCGUGGGCGGCUCAAAACUACAGCGCGUUUCUCCCCUACAGCGGUGCAGACCUCGCCCUCAUAUCACAAAUGAACUCUCAGUAUGAUCUGAAAGACAGCCCCGGAGCUCACCCGGGAGGUCUGGCUGUCCACGCUGGUGCGGGGUUCUACCCGUACGGCCAGUAUGGUUACAGUGACCCAAACCGUGCCAAGGCCGCUACCAGGGAGACCACCAGCACUCUGAAGGCCUGGCUGCAGGAGCACCAGAAGAACCCGUACCCCACCAAGGGAGAGAAGAUAAUGCUAGCCAUAAUCACUAAGAUGACUCUUACACAGGUGUCCACGUGGUUCGCAAACGCGCGCAGGCGUUUGAAGAAGGAGAACAAGGUAACGUGGGGCCGAAGCGCCGAGGAUCGGGACGGUAGAAUCUUCAGCAGCGACAACGAGGAAGAGCCUGAGAAACACGGGAGCGAGGAUGAAGAGGACGAGGAGAUCGAUUUAGAAAGUAUUGACAUCGAUAAGGUUGAAGAAAACCGCGGAGAUCAGAGGGAAGGGGAGGGAGAGGGCAAGCUGGCCGCCAGGGACGCAUCCGAUUCGGGUAGCUUGGAGAGUCAGAGGACGCUGUCUGUGGAGGCCCUCAGAGGCAUGGAUGGGCCUAUUUCCCUAAUCAAGGCGCCUGUUGGUGUUUGUAAAAACGCAGUGGAUCUUUCCCCAUAUGGACCGCUGUGCCAGAGGCCCCCACAGAACAAACCCAAAAUUUGGUCUCUGGCAGAGACGGCCACAAGCCCCGACAGCUCUCACAAACCUUCUCCGACUGCCUCCCACCACCCGGCCCUACUUCCAGGUCAUGGAAUAUACACUUGCCAGAUUGGGAAGCAGCUCCACAACUGGGCCAACGCAGCGUUCCUCAGCGCAAACUCUCUGUUGGGCGUCAGGUCUCUUUUAGGAGCGGCAAACCCAGCCGGACACCACACGCCUAUCCGUGGAGGCCUGAAGCGCCAGGAUGCACGAGCAACGCAGGCGUCAGGGGCUUCGGGGACGGAGGACGAGAGUGGUGACGAGUCGUCGGAGAGCUUCAGUCCAAAGCGAGAUGAGGAAGUGAAUAUUCGUAGGUCUGGCUCCCCGAAGUCUCCCUUCCAGCUGAUCACCGACAGAUCUCACCACGGAUCGGCGCAGCGGGCUCUCUCGACCAUUUCCACAAUAUGAAGAGUGAAUUAUCAUCGAAGAAAAAUCUGGAAUAAUUAUUUAACGAAGAAGAAUUUAUCGAAUAGUCUACUAUUUUUUGUGAGUUAAACGUAAGAAUUCAAUCCGUCAGAUUUUAAAACAAUAUGCGAGACAAGAUUGGUAUAGGCCUAAUAGGCCUGAGUUUUUGAUCAGACAAACGAUUCGAACAUUUUCCGUAGGCUAUUGCCAUUUAUACUCACAAUGUUUGUCUUUGCUGUGUACGUUUGUUUUCUGUUUAAUUUUCUAUGAAAAAUUUAUGGACAUGUAAAUAAUUUGUUAAAAGGAUAUAUUUUUGAGAAAUAAACUUAA